AUGGCAUCCAUGGAUCCAUCAUCGUCGUCACCGGGCGACGAGCCAAUGACUCAAAACAAGUGGCCCGCCUCGCCUACAAGUCGCCAAAACAACAAAGGAAAGGAAUCGCUAUCCAGCGAUCGGGGCUUGGGGAAAGGGCACUCAAAACUGCAACCAGGCUCGUUUGGGGAUUGGGCCACUAGGGCAAAAGGGCUCAAUCACCACCUGCGCCGUGUCACCCAAUCCAAUCCCCCAACAGUCCAAGUCAGACCGUUCUCGAGUCAGCUGAUGUUGCCUGCCUUGGCCGGACUGGGCUGA